CACAUGUUUUAAACCGGGCGUCUUGUGGCUUUGAUUAUUUUCAAAAUAAUAUUUUGUUUAGUAAAAUGCUGCGUGUUACACAAACGAAAAACUCGCUGCUCGAUGGCGCCUCCAUGAGCGGCGAGCUCUAUACGACGCCCAAGGAUUGCGAGGAUUUCUUUGAGAGCAUAGAGAAGCCCACAACGGUUAUUGCAGCACCACGCUCCACUUUUAUAAGAGCUGGCGUGUUGACCACAGUGCGUGGCUCUGCUUACAUGGAAUAUGGCAAUACCAAAGUGCUGGCCAUAGUGGCGCCACCGCGGGAAUUGGUGCGGUCGAGUGUGCGUCGUGUGAGCAUGGGAGUCAUCAAUUGUUAUGUGAAUUUCGCAGCAUUUGCCACAGAUGAGCUGGAGUUGGUGCCGGAGCGGGAAAAGCAUUUGAGCAGCAUGUUGACCAAGGCACUGCAACCUCUAGUGUGUCGCAAUGAGUUUCUCAAUUUUCAACUGGACAUUCGAGUGCUGAUCUUGGAUGACGAUGGUUGUUUGCUGAGCACAGCCAUCAAUUGCUGCGGCGUCGCACUCAUCGAGUGUGGCAUAUCCACAUAUGACCUAAUAACCGCCUCCACAGCGUGCAUCUAUCGCGAUUAUGUGUUUGUCAAUCCCAGUGCCAAGGUGGAGGAGUUACUCUGGCAGCAUCGAGGCGGCAAUGCUUUGUUGGGCAGCAGCAGCCAUGAGAAAGAUGAACCAAUACAAGAGCAUGGACUGCUGAUCAAUGCCAGCAUGGACACAUUCGAGCAGUUGGCACAGUGUCAACAAUGUGGUUACCUCAAGCCCGAGACCUAUGUGCAACUGCUAGACUAUACGCUGGAGAUCAACAGAUCCCUGCGUGAGCUUAUCAAACGCGUGCUCACGGAACGUGUCCAGGAGCAGCACACGCUGGACAUGCGCGAGCGGGAUGAGGACAGGCUGCAGGAUGAGCGUCUGGCUGCCAUCAUUGAGCGACUUCAGCAGCAGGGUCUCAAUGAGUUCAUCAUGUCCAACAUUAAAGAGGAUCCACACACCGCCAAAUAAAAUCUUCUGUUUUGAAAAAACUGA